CGGCUACAACCAUGAACUACCCCCUAACCCUGGACAUGGACCUCAUGAACUACAACCUGGAGGACCUGUACAAGGAAUUGGGCAGCUACAAUGACAGUACGGAGAUCCCCACGAUGGAAAAUCACCUCUGCUCCACAGCUGAGGGGCCCCUGCUGACCUCCUUCAAGGCCGUGUUCAUGCCCGUGGCCUAUGGCCUCAUCUUCCUCCUGGGUAUGAUGGGCAACAUCCUGGUGCUGGUGAUCCUGGAGCGGCACCGGCAGACACGCAGCUCCACCGAGACCUUCCUGUUCCACCUGGCAGUGGCUGACCUCCUGCUGGUCUUCAUCCUGCCCUUUGCUGUGGCCGAGGGCUCCAUGGGCUGGGUCCUGGGCACCUUCCUCUGCAAAACUGUGAUUUCUCUGCACAAGAUCAACUUCUACUGCAGCAGCCUGCUCCUGGCCUGCAUCGCCGUGGACCGCUACCUGGCCAUCGUCCACGCAGUCCACGCCUACCGCCACCGCCGCCUCCUCUCCAUCCACAUCACCUGUGCGACCAUCUGGCUGGCGGGCUUCUUCUUCGCCUUGCCAGAGAUCCUCUUCGCCAAGGUCAGUCAACCCCAUUACAACGACUCUCUGCCACGCUGCACCUUCUCCCAAGAGAACCACGCUGAGACCAAUGCCUGGUUCACCUCCCGCUUUCUCUACCAUAUAGGAGGAUUCCUGCUGCCCAUGUUGGUGAUGGCCUGGUGCUACGUCGGGGUGGUGCACAGGCUGUGCCAGGCCCAGCGACGCCCUCAGCGGCAGAAGGCGGUCAGGGUGGCCAUCCUGGUGACAAGCGUCUUCUUUCUCUGCUGGUCACCCUACCACAUUGUUAUCUUCCUGGACACCCUGGCGAGGCUGAAGGCCCUGGGCAAUAGCUGUGAGCUGAAUGGCUAUCUCUCCGUGGCCAUCACCAUGAGUGAGUUCCUGGGCCUGGCCCACUGCUGCCUCAAUCCCAUGCUCUACACGUUUGCCGGAGUGAAGUUCCGCAGUGACCUGUCGCGGCUUCUGACCAAGCUGGGCUGUGCCGGCCCUGCCUCCCUUUGCCAGCUCUUCCCUAGCUGGCGCAAGAGCAGCCUCUCGGAGUCAGAGAAUGCCACCUCCCUCACCACCUUCUAGGUCCAAGCCCCCCUUUGUUUCUGCUUUCCUUGGGGCAGGCAGUGAUGCUGCAACUCCUUAUAACAGGAGCUGGGAUCCUUGGAGCUCGCCUUGGCCAGUGUCCUCACGUGGGGCAGCUGCAGGAACGAACCCCUCUUUCUAGGACAUCCCUGCCAGAUCUUCUCCCAGCCCGGGUCUAGGCUGGGGUCCAGGGAGGGGAAAGAAGCCCAAAGGCAAAACAAAGUAUACCUGUGCCCAUCUGCAUCGCCUCGGACUGAGAGGACCACACUUACCUUCUCUCAUCCGAACCAUCCAGAGCUCAAGAAACAACUUUUACUUCUGCCCCUGCCAAUAGGGAAAGUCAUUCCCCUUCCAGAACAUACUCCAUCAUCUUGUGGACCACUGACCUCCACAACCACCCACCUCUCCUCCCACCUUAUUUGCCAAAAGUAACUAGAAGCUGAGCACCAGGGGAUGGAUGGAGGCUAAGCUGAGGAAAGGCCAGCUGGCAACAGAGUGUGGCCUUAAUAUGUCUCAGUGCCUAAUAAGCACAGACAUUCUUUCAGGUC